AUGCAAAGCAAUAAUCUCUCAGAAGUGACAGAAUUUAUUCUCCUGGGAUUCUCCAACUUUCAUGAACACAAGAUCACGCUCUUUGUGAUUUUUCUCUUCCUGUAUAUUUUAACAUUGGCUGGUAAUGCCAUCAUUGUAACAAUCAUCUAUAUUGAUCAUCACCUUCACACUCCCAUGUACUUCUUCCUGAGCAUCCUGGCCAGUUCAGAGACUGUGUACACUCUGGUCAUCAUUCCACGGAUGCUUUCCAGCCUUGUAGCUCAGAACCAGCCCAUCUCCCUGGCAGGCUGUACCACGCAAAUGUUCUUCUUUGUCACUUUGGCCAUCAAUAACUGCUUCCUGCUCACAGUGAUGGGUUAUGAUCGCUAUGUGGCCAUCUGUAACCCCCUGAGAUAUACAGUUAUCAUGAGCAAGAAGGUGUGUGUCCAGCUGAUGUGUGGAGCUUUUGGUAUUGGCCUGGCCAUGGCAGCUGUUCAAGUGUCAUCCAUUUUUACCUUACCCUUUUGUCACAGGGUGGUUGGGCAUUUCUUCUGUGACAUCCUUCCUGUCAUGAAACUUUCUUGUAUUGACACCACAAUCAAUGAGAUAAUCAAUUUUGUUAUAAGUUCUUUUGUGAUCCUGGUGCCAAUGGGCCUGGUCUUCAUAUCCUAUGUCCUCAUUAUCUCUACAAUUCUCAAGAUUGCCUCAGCUGAGGGCCGGAAGAAGGCCUUUGCUACCUGUGCUUCCCACCUCACUGUGGUCAUUGUCCACUAUGGAUGUGCCUCAAUAGCAUAUCUUAAGCCCAAGUCAGAAAACUCUAUAGAACAAGACCUCCUUCUCUCAGUGACCUACACAAUCAUCACUCCUCUCUUAAACCCUGUUGUUUAUAGCCUGAGGAACAAGGAGGUCAAGGAUGCCCUACGCAAAGUUGUGGGCAGAAAGAUUUCUUAA